GUGUGCCGCCGGCUCACGGUCAAUAAUAGAUGUCUCUUCUGAACGACACAUUCCCCCAUCCUCCUCGCCACUUACUUUCUGAGCGACUGCACUUCUGUGGCAGCUCUCGCAACGCAGCUUCAAGGGUAUACAUGCGUUUGUCAAGCACUCGCACUGUAACAGCGCAACGGCGGCCUUGAGCACCCAAAGACGGCAUUGCCACAGACAAGAUGCGCCUCCACCUGAGAGAAAGUCCGCGUACCCUCUAUCUGGUCACGGACGCACAGGAUGAGCCAGGUCGACCUAGCAGAGCACUGGUUUUCCGUGCAACCGAAGGCAGCUCAUCUCAGGCCGUGGUCCAAUUUCUUCCCAAGGAUGAGGUCGAUUUGUCUACCACCGUUAGGCUUGCCUCGGGCAGGGCGAUUAAAGGGUGCCUCGGGCUCAUAUCUGUGUCGAACGAGAUAUUCGCGGUCAUGAUCACGUCUGCGACCUCUGUGGGCAAGACACGCCCAUCUGCGCGCACUGAAGAAUCUGUCGCUCAAAUACACGACGUUGGCUUCUAUAGCCUCAAUUCCUCCGCAUGGGAUGGCCUCUCGACCGACGUCGGUAUGAGGUCAGGCUAUGACGACCAGUCGGACAGUCCACUCGGUGACUCAUAUACAAACACGACACCGAAUCCCGUAUUCGAACAUCCGUGCGCACCUAUAACCAAGAUCCUCUCUACAGGCACAUUCUACUAUGCCAAUGAAGAACAUUGGGAUAUCACGUCCCGUCUGCCGCUGCGCCUAGCUCGUCGAGCUGAAUCGGGAGGAGUGACGGACGCGGGACUCUAUGAUGAACGAUUCCUAUGGAACGAGUACAUCGUCCAGAGUCUGUUAGACUUCAGAGAGCGGCUAGAUCCACAAGAACGAGACGAACUGGACCGAACACGUUUUAUAGCUCUCGCCAUUCAAGGCUACGUGGGUGUAUAUAAUCUGGCUCUGCCCGCCCCUCCGACCAGUGGCGCACCGACCAUCGCAACCUUAGCCUUGAUCUCCCGCUUGGGCUGGAAGCGGUCUGGGACUCGAUUCAACACUAGAGGUGUCGAUGAUGAUGGUAACGUGGCGAACUUCGUGGAGACAGAGACCAUUUUCAGCACCGACCAGCAUUGCUGUAGUUACGUACAAGUACGAGGGAGCGUACCAUUAUUCUGGGAACAACAGGGACUCCAGACAUUCGGCCACAAAAUCCAAAUAACCCGACCACAGGCCUCCCAACCGGCAUUCGAUCGUCACUUGAUGCAGCUGAUAGAAGAGUUUGGGUCGAUGCAUGCGAUCAACCUGCUGGGCAGCAAAGAGAACGAAGCAAUCCUGACCGCGGCGUACGCGAGACACCUUCAAUCGGCUCGGACAGCAAUGGGGGACACGGUCGGAAUCACGCACUUCGACUUUCACAACGCGGUCAAGAUUGGUGGUCACGAGAGUGUGUUCAGAGAGAUAAGGCGCUUAGAGAACAUUGCCGACCACAUCGAUAAAUUUGGCUUCUGCAUGACUGACGCUUCCACUGACGAGCUCAUAACGGAACAACGUGGGGUCUUCAGAACUAACUGUCUUGACUGCUUGGAUCGAACAAACUUCGUACAGGAUAUCUUGUCUCGCACAACCCUGGAACAAUACCUGAUGUUGAUUCGAAAAGAGUGGGUUCAAUCCACGGCUCUCUGGUCGCAUCAUAGGGAGUUGUGGGCUGAGAAUGGAGAUGCUCUAUCUCGUAUCUACGCUGGGACUGGUGCAUUGAACACCAGUUUCACUCGCAGCGGGAAACGAACACUAGCUGGUGUGCUAUCCGACGCCACGAAAAGUGUGUCCCGGGCGUACAUCAACAACUUCCAAGACAAGGGUAAACAGAUUGCGAUUGACAUGCUCGUCGGAAACCUCAGCACCCAGAAAAAGGUGACCAUCUAUGAUCCUAUCCAUGACUCGGUGCGCCGUGCCCUGGAAGCGAGGCUGCCUGAGUACUCGACAACCAAAUCGUGCACCAUAUUCGCUGGAACGUGGAAUCUCAAUGGCCGGCCGCCGUCGUCCGAGUCCUUGCUCCCAUGGCUCUUCCCUCGUCAUUAUACCUCGGACCCGGACAUUAUCGUUAUUGGCUUCCAGGAGAUAGUCCCCUUGACUGCCCAGCAAAUCGUGCAGGCCGACCCCGAACGCCGGCGGGCCUGGGAGGCGAAAAUCCUAGACACGUUCAACAAGAGGUCCGAGAGUAAGGGCGAGUACAUAUUGCUACGUGGUCAUCAGUUGGUUGGCACGGCGCUGCUCGUCUUUGUGAGAUCCGAGCUCACAUCUGCCAUACGCAAUGUCGAGGCCGCAUCGCAUAAGACUGGUCUCAGAGGGAUGUCUGGUAACAAAGGAGCCGUGGGUAUUCGGCUUGAAUAUUGCGACACCAGCUUCUGCUUCAUCACCGCCCAUCUUGCCGCUGGUCAUACGAAUGUGGACGAACGUAAUGCCGACUAUCGUACCAUUACCAACGGUCUGCAUUUCCUCAAAGGCAAGAACAUCGAUAGCCACGACAAUGUCAUCUGGCUAGCGGACACGAACUAUCGCAUAGACCUUGAGAAUGAGCACGCCAGGUCCCUCGCUGCGUCAAACGACUAUGACGCCUUACUGGCUGCUGAUCAGCUCAAGCAAGCUAUGGACGACGGUGCAGCGUACAGAGGGUACCAGGAAGGCCCCAUAUUGUUCCGUCCCACGUACAAAUACGACGUCGGCACAGACAACUAUGACACGGGGGAAAAGAUGCGUAUCCCUGCGUGGACAGAUCGUGUACUCUUCAAAGGAACCUCCCUUGAUCUGUCUUCCUACUCCCGAGCGGAGUUGAAGAGUUCGGAUCACCGUCCAGUAUUCGCUCUCUUCCGCGCGGAAAUUAGGAUCAUCGACCACGCUAGACGUGAUGCGCUAUCUCGUCUGUUGCUCGAAAGCGUCACUGCCAGCGGUCCUGGGGAAAAGCUCGACGAGAAGCUCGCUGAAAUGACCUUCGGAGACGACACAGACAAGUUACCUGCACCGAGUACAGAUGACGCAGCGUGGUGGGAUGACCCCGAACACCCAAACGGCAUCUUCGUGCCGACAAGUCCGCAGAGAUCGUCUCGCAAGAGCACGAACCCGUUUGACUCUCCAGACAACUCGCCCUUGUCUUCCUCUCCCUCGUCAUCCGAGGAAGAGCUGUACCAUGCGCUGCAAAGCCCCUUGGCACCAGAGCAAGCACGCCGAAGGCCACCCCCGCCACCACCACUCCGUAGUGCGAGAAGCACUCCAAAAGAUGACAUGUAGUAUACCUAGGGAAGCGCAUCGUGAUCACAUUUGUUGCAUCAUUAGGCCGGAAUGUAUCAGAAGAGGGUAGGCACGCGUUUGUAUGACGUUACGAAGCAAGCCAUGACAAGAAUGCUAUGUAUAAUACAGGCUGUAGAAGAGGACGGUGGCGGAUGUAUGAUAGCAGUUGCUAAAUC